AUGCGCCUCUCCGCUCUCUCAGCAUUUCUCCUCCCAUUUUCCCUGCUCCUCGCCACCUUCGCCCAAGCCCGCUCACAUUCCGCCUCCUCGCAGCAAAUCCAGGUCUAUCUCCACCCGUCCCCUUCCUCCCCUCAUGCAUCCGCACCGACAUUAUCAGCCGACCAGGCCAAGGCGGUGCUGAACCAUCAUCUAGGCGCACACGCCAGUGAUUUCGACGAGAUGCCGGCGGAUGAGGGGAUGUGGGGCCAUCUCAUGGGUAUCUGGGGUGGGAGGAAGGAGGUCGAUGGGGCGAGGAUCGUCAUUGUGGAUGGAGGGGUGUCGCCGCAGGCUGUUUUGCCCACAAAUCUGCAACACGAACCGUCGUUCUAUCUCCAAAACGACGAUGACGCUGCUUCCCUGUUUGCGCCUUAUCUCGAGCGCGCACAGUCAUUCUUCAGCGAGAUACUCGCCAAGAUGCCCGACUACGUCAAGGACUUUGUCGAUGGCUUGGAGAUGACCGGUACAAAAGCUGCAGCUGCUCUCCAUCAGGAGCUGUCGGCUCUCAUUGCGCUGUCCGAGAAGGAGCUCAUCCCAUUCUUGGCAAACCUGCGUACGAGCACGUGGGAGGCUGUCCGGGUCAGCGGGCUCGCAAACGUCAAGGAGGGCAGCGAGGAAUGGGAGGAGGGGACAAAGAGCGUCCAAGCUGGGCUCCAGGCGAUGUCUCAACCCGACUCGCCACCGCUCAUGAUCAUCAUCAUGCCCCAGCAGUCCAGUCAGGCCACCUUCCACUCCAAGCGCUCCAUCAACACCAUCGAAGAGCGCUCAUUCAACGACUCCACGCCCGUGUGCUACAAGUCCAAAUCGGCCUGUUCGGACUCGACAUCCUGCUCGGACCACGGGUCGUGCACCAUGCUUGGCCAAGUCGGGGACAAGGAAUGCUGGGGGUGCAAGUGCAGCUCGGGGUAUGCUGGAUCAGAGUGCCAGAAGGCGGACUAUACCAUUCCCUUUAUCAUCAUCGUCUUCUCGACUUUGCUGUUGAUGUCGCUGGUAGUGGGCAGUAUCGCGUUGUUGAUGACCGUCGGGGACACGAAGCUGCCCAGUACCCUAACGCUGGCGGUUGGGCAUGCGAAGCGGGAUUGA